UACAGAAACAUGUACUUUUAACAAAACUCUCUAAAAAGCUUCCAGUAGUUGAAAGGUUCUUAUUGAUAACUACAGGAAAUAAGAGUUAAGAAAUUCCCGUAAUCUUCAACGAAUUCGACAUGAUUCCCUGAAGGAAAGCAGAUGGUAGAAUGGCCUCCGUAGCUGUAGGCACCACUGCUGACACUCGUGCUGCUACUUCUGCUGUAACUGCCUCACCUCCUCCUGUCCCUCUUCCUAGGAACUUGUCUGCUCAAAACCCAGAAACCGCCCCGUCUUCCGACACCGCUCAGUCUAGCACUCCUCCCUCCGCCAUGGCGAGCGUGCAGGCCUCGGCGACGCUGUCUUCGCCACCAGGCCCGCCUCAGCCCCCGCCUGUUUCUAGUCCUCCACCCCCGCCCCCCUCCUCCUCUCCUCCACCACCUCCUCCUCCACCUGUUGACUUGUGCUCGGUUGCAUCACCGCCCCCGCCUGACCUUCCUCCGCCUCCGGACUUCUACUCCCUCUCCUCCUCCCGCCUCCCCGCCCCUCCCCCUUCAUACCUGUUCCCUGAACUAACAUCGGAGGACUUGCCUCCCCCACCCCCGGCCCAUCUCAUGAUGGACCUGCCGCCCCCACCGCCCCCGAUGUACAUAUGCUCGUAUGACCCGCCUUCGCCAGAGGUAAAGUCAGAAUACGACCCACAGCUCCCACCAGAAUUUGCUUCAGUCGCGAAGCAACAGCCAUUCCCACAAGCCCCACCUCCUCCUCCUCGAACUGGCCCUCCCCCCCGACCUAGUCCUCCUCCUCCUCCAACGCCACCAGUGCGGCAGGCGUCGAAAGAAAACUUGGCUGCAACAACACACACAGACCCCCCCGCGGCGGAUGCUUCGGGUGUAACGUCGGAGUUCGCUACCAGCGGAGGCUCUCCGGAGUCCUCCUGUGACGCGUCAGCGGAAGAAUCGAAGACCCGAGGGGAGACGAGCACCGCGUAUCCGGGCAAGAACGUAACCGAGGAUUCCGCCGACGGCCGUCCAGCCUCAAGCCUGGUGUCAUCAUCUACUCUGACAGCCACUAUGCUCCUCACUCCUGAAUCUGGCCACUCCCCGCUGCCCCCUCACGCCCUCAGAGUCUCGCCGGUUCCCACUUCGUCGUCGCUUGAGUUCACAGAUGACUUCACCAUGACGCCGCCCUCGAGUGAUGUGACCUUUGCAUCAAACUUUUAUGAUAAUAGUAAAGACUCCACUAUAGAUAUGGAAACACCCGAGGCCACACCUCAGCUCUCUGAGACAGUAGGAUCUGUAUCCUCUACACCUAUUGACCUGACAUUAUCUCUUGUUCCUGACACCAUGGACACAAGUGCCCACAUGUCAGAGACUAGCCAGGAUGUAUUAUCUGCAACCGCAACCUCGGAUGACUUGUUGUCUCCUUUGCCGAAAUCAACAAGCGAAGACAUAUCGCAAGGAAAUGAAGACGAUGAUUCCCUUUCAGCCAGAAAUGAUGUGAUAACAGAGAGAUCAGAUCUGGACACUCUCGUUUUCCCCAGCACUGCCAACACCUCUACCACAGAAAUGGCGCAAAUGUCGUCCCCAUUCUCCACUGAACCUCCAUCUUUGUUCUCUCUCCCCACCGACAGUGACACCAUUUCUGCUGAGUUUGAUUCCCUUGCAGCAGACACCUUGUCGCCAACAGGCGAUUUUGAUUCAUUAGCUUUGGAAGCAGACACUUGCAGUGUUACGACCUUCACCACUGCUGUUACUACAGAUGCAUAUAUGCUCUCCUCAUCAUCCCCAGGGGUUUCAGAUACUGCCUAUGCAACUGCUGACAGUACAAUGGCGUCAGCAACAGCAUCUCCGGCAUUUACAGAAUCCUGUACCAUAACACCAGUCCCUAAUGACUACCUUACUCCUUUGUCAACCAACCCAACUACAACCCCAAUCCCAUCACCCAUUCCUACAGAGGCAUUUACCUCAAGACCUAGCUCACUUUCUCCUUUUCUGGACUCCAAAUCAUCUACUCCCCAUCUAUCUGACAGCUCUCUUAUGACCAGUGAGGGCACUGUGUCAUCUGGUUCUCAGUAUCCUGUCUGUCCAUCUUCUUUCUCUCCAUCCCCUCAUUCUUCAACCUUCGCUGUCUCCUCAGCAAGAGCAAUGGCGUCAUCACAACAUCGUCCUGAUCACAAGGUCACCAAUACAGAAAGGUUAGUGGCAUCACAAUCCUCCGAACCUCACAUGAAAUCAACAUCAACCCAGGGCAGUUCUGUGAUGUCACAGGUGUCAGAGAAUGAAAAAGGAGAUGAAAACAAGGACUCCCAGCCCACGGACCUCAUGGGACAGGGGGAAUCGACAGCAGGGAGUGGCGAGAAGUCAUGUAAAGCUGGAGGACAAGGGGAUGAAAAACAGGAUUGUUCUGAAGUGAAGAAUAGUGAGAGUGAUAGUGCUUCUGAAACCAAGGAAUGUAACACUCAAGAACAAAGCACAAAAGAAGAAUCAAAUAUACUUAAGGAAACCGAAUCAGGAACUGAAGAGGAAAUUAACAGAAAUGAGCAAGAGAAAUCAGAAUGUGAAGAAAAGGAGGGUAAUAACAGUAUAGAAAGUAAGGAUACUCCAACAAACAACGAUACCUCUGCACAGUCAGAUUCUAAUACCAAAGAAGAUGGAAUAAAAGUUGAUAAUGAGGACGUAAAUGAUGAAAAGGAAAAAGAGGUAAGUAACGAGUUAAAAGAACAGCCAAAUACAGAACUUGAGAAAAACACAUCAAAGCAAAAUUUUGAGCAAUCAAAGAGUGAAGAAGCUCAGAAGACAAAAAAUAGGGAUAAUGACAACGAUCAAAUUCCAGAUAAUAAAGAAAAUACUGAAGUCAAAUCUGAUAUACAUGCUGAUCAGAAUGAUGCAAAGGGAAAUGAAGAACAAAUAGCAAAAGAUGAAGAAAAGGCAGACCAAGAGAGUACUGCCACUGGACCUAAUAUGAAAGACAAAGACAAAUCAGAAGAAAAUGAGAUUUCCCAGCAACUUGUAAAGGACACUUUAGAGGAUAAAACUGAUGCUGAAGAGGGUAAUGCAAAACCUGAUUGUGAAGUUGCCACAAAUGUGUCAGAGAAUAGUGGAAAACAAACGACUAGUAACAAUGAUCAAACUGACAAAAAUAAUUCUGAGAGAGGAGCAAACUCUUCCAAAGAUACCCUUCAAACAUGUCUAGUAAUACCUACAAUAAUAGGUUCAGUUUCAGAUGUUUUCCAGGGUUCAGAGGGAGCCCCCUCAGGCACUCCCCCAAAAUCUCCAAACUCUAGAAGGAGGAGACAGCCACUUUCGUCUUUCCCCCAAUCAAGGAGUCCAACCCCAAGCCAUGGAGUUCAGCUUGGAGUACCCCCAUUAUCAGCUCAGUCAAAAAUAUCUCCCUCUUCUCCACACACUGAAAUAAAUACUGGAGGUACAGUAACCCCAAGAAGGACACCAUCACCUGUGAAUGUCAAAAGUUGUCAAGAAGACUCUUCAAGAAAAUCCCCUUCACCUAAAAUACUUUCUGGGAAAUCAGACAAUGCUUUGCAGUUAUUGAAUGCUACUGUUGGUAACUUGGAAACAUUAUGUGCAGAUUUACCAGCUUCUACAAGUAUCCAACAGGAUAAAAAUCAAACUUCAGAAAUGCUGACUCUCUCCCCUUCAAAUGAGUCAGACAAAACACUAGAGGACGCAGGUGCCUUGAAUGCUAAAGAAACUAUAAAUGAAGAGAAGAAAAAUGUAAUAGAAAAUGGCAAACCUCAGGAAAAAGAUAGUGAACUAAAACAACAAGAACAAAAUGGUAGAAAAGAUUCUGAUUCAUCUCACACUGCUGAUGUCCUUAACAACAAUACAAACAAGGAUGAAAAAACUCAAUUAGAUGUUAAACCUUUACAAGAAAAACAAGUGGAGGAUGGUGGUCCACAAGUGUCAGAGCAGCCUCUUAUAUCCAGUGGAAUCAACAUCCCUGAGAGUUCAUAUGUAGAACCACUCCCACAAAAUGAGAGUACUCAGCCUUCAGCUCAUGUAGAGUCAGUUUCACAGUCAAGUACCCUCCCAUCUCCCCUAGGUUCUGUCAAGAGUGAUGAUUGCCAAACUAAUGAUGUAACACUGAAUGUUUGUAGUGUUCAGAAUGCCACACCUGCCUCAAUCACUCUCCCUGAAUCAUCCAUACAACAUACUACUGGCACUGGCAUUAAAACAACCAUUGCAGAUCAAGGAGAAAGUUUAGCUCAUGAUUUUGCUAUUGAUGAAAGAAAGGGCAAUAAUGGGGAAGAGGUAGAACCAGUGUGUAAUCAUAAUGAUAGUAUACCUAUAGUUAGUUCAGAUAUAAAGGUUUUACCAGAGUCUAGUCAUGAUAAUAAACUUGAAGGUCAGGGUUCAGUUUUAGGAAGUAGUUCAGUCAGUGCUUCACACAGUCCAACUAAUGGUUCCCAUACCUUAUUGUCUUCUUCUUCCCCCCUUCACAGCAUCCUGGAAGAUGUUGUUGAACCUCCGCCAGUGCCCCACGCCAAGACUCCCCCUCCGCCUCCCCCUCGAUCCUGUGUCAACACCCCCAAGCCAGGCAUGAGUGCUCCAUUACCGCCUCCUAGGCAGUAUAUGCUGAUUCCAAUCAACCCACCCCAGACGACUCUCAGAAGACAUAGUCCCCCACCAGCUCCACCCCGAUCUACAUCAAUACGCAAAUCUCCUCCACCACCACCUCCCAGAUCAGCCAUUCAUACUCCAGCUUCUAAGAAUGAAUGGAUUGAUUUUCCUCCACUUCCACCACCUCCAAUAUCAUCACUAAACACUCCCUCUAGUCCAACACAAAAACUGACUCCAGUUCCUGAGGAGACCUCAUCACCAUCUACACCUCAACCCUCUGCAUCUUCUAGAAACUCAGAAACAUGUUCUCCAGUAACUUCCAAUACCACAGCAAGAGCUACCACUCCCUCUAUAAGUGAAUGUGAAGCAGAUUCAAGAACUUCAAAUAAAGAGGAACAAACUAAUGCUCAGGCCAUUACAGUCUCAUCCACCUAUUCCAGUUCACAGUUGGACGUGAAAACUGAUGAUAAGCCACCAGCUCUUCCACCACCCCCUGAAGAAGAGUCUGAAGAAGAGCCCCCUACCACCUCCCCCUCCUGUAGAUUCCCAGAACAAGUCCGAACCCCCUCUCCCUCCCCCCCUUCAAAUGAUUCGGUUUCUGUUCCCCUCAUUCCUCCACUUCUGCCUCCUCCUCCUCCUCCUCCACCUCCAAGAAAUUUAAUUACAACUCCACCACUUCCACCUCCCCCCAAAAUUGUAUCAAAUGGGGAAUAUCUCACAUCUCAUGUGGAUAAUGAUAAAAAAUUCUCUAAUCAAGUAAGUAUUUUUACUUCAGAUUCUUCAGAAAGUUCCAAAGAACCCCCCACCAUGCCUCCACCUCCACCAGCACAACCUGCAACAGAAGCAUUAGCUGUUUCAUCUUCAUCCAUGCUUACAUCUAAUGUGACAUCUCCAGUUUCUUCAGUCCCUCCUGUGCCACCACCAGCACCUUCAUCAUCAGAUGCUAAAUCCCAGUAUACACCUCCACCUCCACCACCUAACAUUCGCCUAACUUCUCCUAAACCUGGCCUUCCCAACUCCUCUCUCUUCUCAAUCUCACCGUAUGGCAAGGUUGUCAUCAACCGAAGUGAUUUACCUCUCCCCUCACCAGAAGAAGAGAUAAGAAAAGUCUUUGCAAAUAUUAAAGACUGGGGAAUUUUGGAAGAGGAAACAGAAACGCUGUCAGUCUAUACUCAGCUGCGGCCUAAUAUCCAACAGGGACCACAAUGUGGUUUAGUGGCUCUUAGUAUGGCAUCACAAGUCUUCCCUGAGACUGUAGAUGUUGCCGACUUACUGAAGGAGGCCAGGAGAAGAGGCUUUACCAAGCAUGGAGAGAUGUUUAGUUCUGAAGCCAUGGUUAGCCUAGCAGAAGGAAUAACUGGGAUGGAGGCAACCAUCAGAAGAGAUGUCUUGUGUGACCCAAGGACCCUACUGGAACUCUUGAUGAAAGGAGAUUUGAUUUUAGUGCCUUAUGAUGCCGAGCGGAAUCAUCUACCUGGGCUCCGGGGUGGUCACAAGGCACACUGGGGAAUCAUCUGUGGGUGCCUGGUGCAGUGUCCCACUCUCAACGUACACAUGGGUGGCUCUUCCAAACUAGACUCACAUGUUGAUCACCUGUGGCAUUUCCGCCCAAGACUAAGAAAAGGAGGUCCUAGCAUGAGCAGAGAUGGCAGUGUCACACCUAGUGGUACCCCUCUCAUCCCUAGCUCUCCAAGGUUAGGACAUAGACCAUUAAGGACUCCAGAUAUUCCUAAUGAAUUUAAGUCCACAGAAUCUCAUGAGAGAGAGGGAUCCUGUGCAAGAAGCGUGGACAUGGAGAGCUGGAGUGUCAGCAGCAGCCGUGUUACUACACCAAUGUUACCAGAACUGCCUCAUGAGGAAUUUAAGCUGAUUCCACUGUGGCGUCAGGGCAAAGGCCGUAAUUUAAUGGCUGCUCCACUUGAAAAAUUAUGUGAAAGUAAUGACCAGUUAUUGUCUUAUCCAGACGGCACCACUGAGGCAGAAAUGGAAUAUGUGAUUGGGUCUGUGCAGGAUGGACUUGCAGGCCAAGUUGUAGUGUUGCACAAAACAAAGACUGCACUUUCUGACCUUGUAGGAAUGCUUCAAGAAAAGAAAUAAGCCUUUCCUUGCUCUAUCCUAGAAAGGAAAACAAUUUUCCAGUGGGUGUAUGCUCAGCACUAUAGUCAUUAGUAUAUGCUUACUGUAACAAGAAAUAUUUUUUGGAUUUCCCUUAAAAUGAUGUUGUAGUUCAGCAGUUUAGUUAUCUGGAGAAUGGUAUGCAGUUUGAUUUACUUGUCUGGAUAUAUGACAAUAUGAGAAUUGAUAAUUAUAUUGAUUCCUAGGGUUCUCUUAGGUCUAAUCUCCAUUUCCCCCAUUAGAAUGGAUAAGUAAGAUAAUAGCUUAAAAAAUAAUAAUAUAUAUUAUGCUUUCAUUCUCCAUUAACAUAAUUUUUUUUAGAUUUCCUUUACAUUUUUACUUAUGUCAAAAGAAAUGUUAAUCUCAUUCUUACAAUUUUAUGUUUUUUGGGUAUGCUCAGUGAUGUUAUAUCUUAUUUUUUAUUUAUAUAUCUGCUCUUGCUCUAGUAAUUUACAAAAGGACAUUUCAACUGUUUCUAUACAAGAUUCUCCGUUUCCCAUCCCACAGAUAAACAUGUUUAUGCACAAAAAUGUUGCCUUUUUCAAACUCCAUGAUUAGUUUGUUAUUGCAGAAGGCUUAUUCACAUCUACAAGUUAUAUAUUUAAUGAAUAAUAUAUUAUUUACAGAAUAACAAACCUUUAUUCAUUACAUAUAUGGAGAAUAUGGCAUAUUGAAAAUGAUAUUUUGUAAAAAGUAAAUGGAUUUAUAUUUAUCACAAUAUAUUACUAGAGUCAGCAAUGCAUAUGUUUACAUAUUUUUUCAUCCAUAGUCUAGUAUCUUAUAAAGAAGAUCACUAUCUUUACAGUUAGGACUCCAAUGAAUUUGAAUUAAGGCCAGAUUGUGCCAUAUUUGUAGUAAUGAAUUAUAAAGCCUGUUUCCUUUCUAAAAGGACUUUGUUGUAGAAUUUCCAUAUUUGUAUAUUAACAUUUGAACAGACAGCACAUGUUGAGGCAGCCACCAUUAUGAUAAGUAGAAGUAUACUCUUUGAUUAUAAUUUUGUGUAUAUACUGUUAAUGGUAAGUAUGUCUUCAUUAAUAUAUAAUUAUAUAACACAUACAUCAUGUUUGAUUGCGCACAUUGAUACAUGUUUAAAUGUCAUUUGCACAAAUUUUGUAAGUAUAUGUGCAUAAGUACA